CCCCACCGUUGGGGCUUGGUACAGAGAGUGGCGAGAGAUCUUGUUGGCGACAGGCUGGAGUGACGCUUGGCGUGCGAGAGUCAGAGAGAAGGCUCAUACAGGAGGUGGUGAACACUCGCAGCUUGGACACCUACACAGAGGACAUCUGGAUUCAGAGCAAGACGACCGACUCAGGGAGAAGAAGAAGAAGAGGUCAGGACUGAGAGGUGGCAGGAGCCUGGUGCUGAGGCUGAGAAGAAGGCUGUCAGGCUGUCUGGGCGUGAGUGAGCACCCUCUAGUGGAGCUGCUGACGAGCUGUGCUGCGGAGUCCGUUUCUACCAUCAGCUUUUCAAGAGGUCUAUGUUCCAGCGCUGAGCAGAGACCAUGUGGUGUUCGGAGCUGCUCUUAACACUGCUGUUCAUCAUCAAAGAUGCCAGCUGCCAGUGGAACGUCUGGGUACCGCGGGACAUCUCGGCCAUGACGAACUCCUGCGUGGUCAUCCCCUGCACCUUCAUGUAUCCGUCCGGGGUCAGGCCGUACCGCGGCAUUCAUGGUAUCUGGUACUUCGGCCAGCCCUACCCGCAACUCUUCCCUCCGGUAGUCUUCAAGACGCGCACGGACGUCGUGCACGAGAGCUACAAGGGCCGCACCAAGCUGCUGGGCGACCUGCACCAGAGGAACUGCACUCUGCUCAUCAACAACAUCGGCACAGAGCACUCGGGGAGAUACUACUUCCGCGCUGACCUCGGUGGAGCCAACAUGUACACGUACCCAGACUUCGCUGAGCUCAAAGUUCUUGAUCAGCCCAGCAUUGACGUCCCAGAGGAGAUAGUCAGCGACGAGAAUCUUGAGUUGACAUGUUACGCUCCUGACAACUGUCCUGAGAUGACUCCGGAGAUCCAGUGGAUGUACACCGACUACCUGCCCGACCCUGAGUUCUCUACCGACUACCUGGAGGAGAGCAACACGGCCGUGCUCUCCAGCACCCUCACCUUCGUACCCAGACCCAUGCACAACGGACAGCUGCUGGGCUGCAGGGUCUACUACCCCAACACCACGCUGGUCUACGAGAGGCUCGUCUCUCUGGACGUCAAGUACGCUCCCCGCUCGGUGUGGGUCAACGUGUCCUCGGAGGUGAUGGAGGGCAGCUCCGUGGUGCUGCACUGCGAGGUGGAGAGUAACCCUGUGUCCAGGAUCUCCUGGAUGUUUGGAGACCAGGAGCUGUUGUGGGACACGGCGUCCAACAUCUCGCUCCCCCUGGAUGAUUUGACACCCAUACAGGAGGGAAUCUACACUUGCGUUGGUGACAACGGCUACGGGAUGAUGAAUACCUCACUGUACCUGGCUGUCAAGUACCCUCCACGUGAGCCCGUGGUGAACGACUCUAUGAUUGUGACAGAGGGCACCACACUGGCGCUGCACUGCAGCACCCAGGGCAGCCCGGCCCCGACCCUCACCUGGCUGAAAGACGGGGAGCUGGUGGGCACCAUCACCGCUGACGAGCUGUCCGUGCUGGAGAUCGCGAAGAUCACACCGCAGGGAGACGGACAGUACCGCUGCCUGGCCGAGAACGAGCACGGCCGAGCCAGCAGCUCCUUUAACAUCACUGUUGAGUAUGCCCCAGUCCUCCUGGAGGAGUCAAAGUGCACAGUGGUGAGGGAGGGAGUCCAGUGCGUCUGCAUAGCCACGGGAAACCCCGAGCCCACCAUCGAGUUCUACCUGCCCGACCUGAACAUCACCAUCAACGAAACCGACGGCCGGUACAACUUCUACACGCACACGGACGGACACACCUCCACGGGCAUGAUCAAGCUGCGGGAGAAAGGAGAGCGGGUGGACAACGGCGGCCCGGCCGUCAACGUCCACUGCAGCUUCUACAACUCGUACGGAAGAGAGAGCGUACUUCUGGAGCUGCAGCAGGAGAAAAAGUACAUGAUGGCAGUUAUAGUUGGCACCAUCGGAGGAGUAGCGGUCAUAGCCUUCAUCAUUGCAGCAGUGAGAUACGUUGGCCACAACAACAAGAAAGAGAAUGGCAACCCUAGACAGGAAGUGGUCCUGGAGAACCCAGCUUUGUACUACAGCGCAGUCAAGAAGGACAAACAAAAUCUGAGGAAGAAAGUGCUUAAGACAGAGCUGUUGGGCUCAAAGUUUAACUCCAUUCUAGAGGAGACUACGGGAGAAGACGGGGAUUAUCAACCUGUGGGCUCUAUGGCAGGACUGGAGAAACAAGAGCUGAAUUAUGCCGCUCUGGAGUUUAUCGGGGCCAGGCCCAGGGAGGGGGCCUCAGGGAGGGGGGAUGACGGCAGCAACUACACGGAAAUCAAAGCCAAAUGAAUCGCGAUCCUUCCCUGAUCCCUCGGCUAUGCGAGACGCAGUGGCAACCCCGUAUCACGCACACCCCCUGCCCCAUAAUAACCCCCCCUCGCCUCCUCUACUGGAUCUCCCCCUGCAUAUGACGACUCCUCGGUUCUCCAGAAAUGUCACAGAUCACUUGAUGCCAGUACUCCCCACUCACGCUGCCCCUCUCCCAUGGGAUGCCCCUUCAUAUGCCACGAUUUGGGACAAAACUUUUUGGGUCAGAGCAGGACCCAUUGGACGAUGUAAAAUAAAUAGUGUAAAUUUCCAGCCUCAGUUGUAAUGCAUGGGCUCUAAAACAUGCAACAAGUGGCCAUGUUUUUGUUGCUUUCUCCCUGUUCCUCAUUGUGAUUGUUGAUGUUACUGUCAAACGACGGCCGUCCGGGUGCUUGCCUCCAUCUCACUAUUUGCUCUACGUGUGUCUCCUGUAACUGUCACUGUGUCUGCUGCCAGUCGAAGCAUCGGGGGAAGGAGUAACCGAGCUUUUUGUUCUCUUAUCUUUACGUGUCCAUCUGACCGAGAGCGAACCCGUCUCCUCUCUUUCCUUCGGUUGCUUACAUCCCGAGAAGAUAACCGAGUGAAGCGGGAGACGGAAACGCGUCUGCGAAUCUUUGUUUUUACAUAAUUGUAUUUAAUGUUUGCUGUGACUCAGUAGCCUCUCAUAAUAAAUGAAAGAAGAAAAUGCCACCUGUCACUUUUGAUAACAUUUGGCAAGGUUUUGUAAAUCUAAUUCAAACACUGUCCGGUUCGGAAAUAUGUCACAGCUUUUUUUUUUCCCAGCAUCCAACUGUAGAAUGUGUAAAACAAAUAUUUUGAGAUUUUCCUACACCGUGGCCAACGUAAAAUGUCUGUCUCAUCUUAUGCUUCAUCCCCCUGAGGCUCUUAUAUUGGUCUAUCUGGAAAAAACAGACCUAAAGCACAUCAUACUUGCACGUGAGUGGCCAAGGUGUUAUCUCUUGUAGACAAUGUGUGUGUGUGUGUGUGCGCGUGUGUGUAUGUGUGUAUGCGUGUGUAUAUUCAUAUUGUGCUGAAAGACCACAGGACACUGAUCUCUGGGGUCUUUGGGAAAUUCGAGCGUCACUUCACUUUGACGAGCGGAUGCUUAUUUCUCGCAGGGUUGCAUCAGAUGUUUGAAUGACAAAAAGUGACGCUGACUAGCCAGCUGGUUGUGCUAUUCAACGACAUUUGAUCAGCCCACGACGUCAUGUCAAAGUUCAGUAAUAGUCUAACUCGAUAACAAUGGUGUCCAAAAUAUAAUAACGUGAUGUUUGUUGAUAGGGAAAAAAAGAUGCAUGGAUGUACAGUAAAUGAGUUCUGUGCUGGCAGGCACAAAUUUAUAAGUAUUGAACUGGGAUGAGAAGCCAGUGUGGAAAAUUAAAAAUCACACAUCAUUCAACCAGUGACUGAACACUGACUUGAUACAAGCUUAUAGAACAGAGCAGGACCCAGCCUCUAACUGCGGGGUGGGGGGGGGGGCUUUUUCUAUCAAGGGUCAUGUACAUUUUUAUCACAUAUUUCGAGGGCCAUCUAAAUAAUUAUCGGACACAUGUAUCACAUGAACCUCUCUAAGGCAAAAGGUGGAAGUGCCUAAGCUUAGGCGAAACAUCUGAUGUCAGAUGGUAGUGAUGAUGAUGAUGCUGCUCAAAGCUGGUUUUAGUCAAAACAACUUGCUCACACAAAUCGUCAUGUCUGGUUCUCCCUCCUCAGAGGAGGGCAUACCUCCGCCGAGGUCAAACGGGUCCCCUUGUUUUCAAUCAAACUACAUUUCACACAGUCAUAAGGAUCAGUUCCCUAAAUGGGCCUGAUUUUGGUCAGAAAUUGGUGAACAUUUAUUAAAAUGCUCUACGUCAAUGUUAAAGAAGGUGAAAAAAUAAUCUGCGAUUCGCCCCCACAUCCGGAUCCUCACCAAAACGCAAUGAAUAUGAGAGUAGGUAUUAGGUAAUGAGUAGUUUUUGUGUAACCCUGCUAACAAACAAACAAAGAAACAAAGCCAGAUGCAACAUAACCUCCUUGACAGAAGAAAUAAUCCAUGACGAUGAAGCCUCAGGUGGCCACUGACACCGGGCAGACAGAUAAUAGGGAUAUAAGUAUAUAGGAUACUCUCUCUGACAUACAACCAGUCAAACAGGUUCUCUGUGCAUGUAAAAAACAUCCAGUGUCAACCAGCUAUUUUAAUUCAUAUUAAGCUUUUAUUAAGACAGUGUUCUGCCGAGGGUUUCAGAUACAGGAUAUACGCUGGCUAGCAUUCUUAAACUGCCUGUAUGCACAAAGUCAAUAACCUGUUCCCGUCUCUAAAACACCCCAUGAGGGGAUUUUACUUUUUGUUUCUUCAUUUUCAGAAUCUUAGAAAUAUCAAACAAGUCUUACCUAAUCUUUUGGCAGUGUGUUGUAAAGCUGAUUUGUAUGUAAUAUAAUUUAUGGUGAUCAUAAUUAUUAUUAUUGUUGUUAUUAUUAUGGAGAGUUUUUUUUUCUACAUAUGUGAUUGACACAAUAAUUCAGGUCAGGGUUUAGCAAUUUCUGCAAAUUAGCACAGUUAAUGACGGUAGAAUUUCUCCAAUGAUGUACUUUGCUUGCUCUUUUCGUUUUAAAUGGCUCUUUCACACCUCGAGCAAAUUCAUCUGUCUUCAGUUCCAUGCAAACAUAAAUAAAGGUAAAACAACACAAAA